AUGAACCCGGCUGAAAAGCGGCCGCUGGUCGCCUCGCAGCACCCCCCUUCCGCGCGGCGCCACCUUCCGGGUGCCGCGGCAGCGGCGCUGGUGCUGCUGGUGGUGGGCGGGCUGGUCCUGGUCGCUCGCGACAGCGGCGGCUGGCAGCCGGCGGCGGCACUGCAGCGCGGCGGGGCCUGCCCUGUGCAGAUGUGCCCUCCUUGCGCCGAGACCACCUCGGUCGAGCCGAAAGAGUGCAUACCCCAAGCAGACGUGGAGGCAGCGGCAGCAGCAGCGGCAGCAGAGCAGUGCCCGCCCUGCGAGGAGCUUGAGUGCCCGCCGCCGCCCAAGUGCCCGGCAGCUGCACCCGGCCAGGAAGCGGGGCAGGAUGCCCUGCAGGCGGCGGCAGCCCCAGCCCCAGCCCCGGCGGCGGCCGCGGCGGCGGGCCCAGCAGCCCGCAGCGGCCGCGGCGGCGGCGGGCAGCAGGCAGGAGCAGAGGCGCUGUGUGGGGGCCCCGGGGCCAUCCCGCGUGUGGCAGAUGCGCUGGCGGACAGCAGCCGGCGCAUGGCAGAGGGCGUGAGGGAGUCGUUUGCCCGCUGGGACGACACGGGGUUCACCUUGGAAGAUUUGCUGGACACAGCCGCGGCGCUGAGGAUAGACGGCACGCACGACACCCAAGUGUGGGUGGAGGUCCGCAACAACACGCUGGUGCUGCCGCGCCGGUACGGCCUGCGCUGCACCUGGUACUGCAACGAGUGGCUGAAGCCGGCCCUUACGGUCUUUAACGCGCGCAUGGCGGCGGGCAAGCUGCGCCUGCCGGAGGGGCUGGUCAUGCUCUGGAAUGUGUAUGACUACUCCGCCUGCAGCAAAGACGUGCAGAGCGGGCACAGCGUGUGCUCCGCGCCGCUGCUGAGCGUCAUCAGGCACCAGAACGACGACGAUGUGAUGGUUCCCAACUUCCACCUGAACAACAGGGCCCCCUACGAGCCCCACUCGGUGCCCUGGGACGAGAAGGCAGACCUGGCGUUCUUCAGGGGCACGCCCUGGUGCAAUGUGCACCCGCUCAACGGCACGCGCUUUGUGGAGGGCGGCAACUGCUCGCGGGAGCACCUCCCGCUCCUCACGCUGCGCCACCCGGACCUGCUGAACGCCACCAUCAACUCAGACCAUCACAGGGCCCAGGGCGUGUACGGCCCGCCCGCCACCCACUACGAGCACGCCUGGUACAAGUACCUUAUCAACCUGGACGGCAUCACCGCCUCCAGCCGCUUUGCCACGCUGCUGUCCAUCAACAGCCUGGUGCUGAAGCAGGCCUCGCCCUACCAGCAGUGGUACUACCGUGCCGUGAAGCCGUGCGUUCACUACCUGGAAUUUUGGCGGGACAGCGAGACGGAUGUGCUGGACCUGGUGCGCACGCUGCGCCAGCCAGCCAACCAAGCCGUGGCGCAGCGCCUGGCCGCAAACGCGCAGGCCUUUGCGGCCGCGCACCUUUCGGAGGAAGGGUACUGGCAGUACUGGCAAUCAGUACUGGACAGAUACGUCGAGCUGUACCGUGGCAGCAAGGAUCCAGUUGCUGCCACCGCGGCGCGUGCCGCUGCCGAGCGGAAGGGCCGGCACGCGUCCAAGGCGGGGCAGGAGGCAGAGGAGCAAUGCUACCAGCGAGGCGACGACAACUGCUGGAUGGUGGGCAGGGAUGCGGGACGGGACGCGGCCCAGGCAUGGGAUGACAAGCAUGCGGCAAAAGGGGGCGAUGCUGGCACCAAGCAGCAGCAGGGCCAGCAGCGGGCAGAGGAGGAGGAGGAGCCAGAGGGGGAACAGCAGGAGGAGCAGCAGGAGGGGGAGCAGCGGCAGCAGUUGGAGGAGGAGGAGCAGCAGCAGCCAAAGAAGAAGCAGAAGAAGGAAGGAGCAGAGAAGCGGGUAGCUGGGGGGAGCAAAGAAGAGGCUUUGUUGGCUAAGGAGGAGCAGCAGGAGGGCAGCGACAAAAAUGAGCAGUAG